AGCCGUCCAAGUAUGCAAAUUAAUUGAAUUUAAUUAAAUCAGUGGUAGUAAGCCAGCAGUUGACGACAUGGCACAAAUUCCGGUUUUGAUGGCCAUGCAGUGAUGAAAUCUACUCCACACACUUAACACAACUGAACAUAUGAUGCAAAUCAAGCGUCUGCUAUGCAAAUCCUGCACCCUCGGCACGCUCCUCAUCGCUGCCGUAUGGUUACUGGCUUUGCUCGUCUACAUGCACACGCUGCGCACCUCCAUUCCAGCAGCGGGUUGGCGCUUCAACAGCUCAGCAACCCCCCGGGCGGAGUUGAGCUACCAAGUCCAGGUGACCGUUGGCUGCUCACCCGCAUCCGUGGGGGGAAAUGUGACGGCGGAGGCGCCACCACAGCAGUUUGAACUGCUAGGCGUGGUGCGCAACAAACAGGACAAAUAUAUACGUGACAUUGGCUACAAGCAUCAUGCGUUCAAUGCAUUGGUCUCCAAUAACAUUGGACUCUAUCGGGACAUCCCCGACACCAGGCACAAGGUGUGCAAGCAAACGGAGCCGGACAGCCACCUGGUGCAGUUGCCGCAGGCUUCGGUUAUAAUGUGUUUCUACAACGAGCACAAAAUGACGCUGAUGAGAUCGAUAAAAACCGUGCUGGAGCGUACACCGGCACAUCUGCUCAAGGAGAUUAUACUGGUGGAUGACAACAGCGAUUUGCCGGAACUGGAAUUUCAUCUGCUGGCCGAUCUGCACGCCCGCCUGAAGUACGACAAUUUGCGCUAUGUGCGCAAUGAGCAACGUGAGGGUUUGAUACGUUCCCGGGUGAUUGGAGCACGCGAUGCCAGUGGCGAUGUUUUGAUUUUCCUCGACUCGCACAUCGAGGUGAAUCGGGAGUGGGUCGAGCCCCUACUACGACUGGUCAAGGCAGAAAACGCAACGCUGGCCGUGCCAGUCAUCGAUCUCAUCAAUGCAGACACUUUUGAGUAUACGCCAAGUCCGCUGGUGCGCGGCGGUUUCAAUUGGGGCUUGCAUUUCCGCUGGGAGAAUCUACCGGAGGGCACGCUCAAAGUGCCGGAGGACUUCAAGGGACCAUUUCGCUCGCCGACAAUGGCGGGCGGAUUGUUUGCCGUGAAUCGUUUGUAUUUCCAGCACAUUGGCGAGUACGACAUGGCCAUGGACAUUUGGGGCGGCGAGAAUAUUGAGAUCUCGUUUCGCGUCUGGCAAUGCGGCGGUGCUAUUAAGAUUGUGCCCUGCUCCCGGGUGGGGCACAUCUUUCGCAAGCGUCGUCCAUACACGGCGCCCGACGGUGCCAACACCAUGCUGAAGAACUCGAUGCGUGUGGCCCAUGUCUGGAUGGACACAUACAAGGAGUACUAUCUGAAGCUUGAGAAGGUGCCAAAGGGCUAUGAUUUUGGUGACAUUAGCGACAGGCUGCAGUUGCGGGAGCGUCUGGAGUGCCAGAACUUUGAUUGGUAUCUCAAGCACGUCUAUCCCGAGCUGCGUGUACCCGGCGAGGAGUCCAAGAAGCCGGUGUCGGCACCAGUUUUUCAGCCUUGGCAUUCGCGAAAACGCAACUACCUCGACUCCUUCCAGAUGCGUCUGUCGGGGACACAGCUCUGCGCCGCCGUCGUCUCACCGAAAGUGAAGGGCUUCUGGAAGAAAGGCAGCCCGCUGACGUUGCAGCUGUGCCGGCCCCGUGCACCCAAUCAGCUGUGGUACGAGACAGAGAAAUCGGAGAUCAUAUUGGACAAGUUGCUGUGCUUGGAGGCGGUCGAAGAUACUAUGGUCGUCGUCAACAAGUGCCACGAGAUGCUUGGCGAUCAGCAGUGGCGCCACACGCGCAACUCCAACAGUCCCGUCUACAACAUGGCCAAGGGCACCUGUUUGCGUGCCUCGUCGGCCGAGGUGGGCGCCAGCAUCAGUCUCGAUCUCUGCUCCAAGGCGGACGGCAUCGGUGGUGCCUGGGAUAUUGUUGUGAUGAAACUGGAGCAACCACAAUCUAAGAUGGACAAGGCGCUGUGAGCGGAGCCUGCAAUAUAAAAUAGACUGAAGUUAGUCGCUAAGCUGAAGAAUAAGUAUUAAGUUUUUCACAUAGUCAGUAUUUUUGCAAAACAUGAUUUUUUGUAAUGCUAAGAAUAGUUUUGUAUAAAAAAUAACGCAAUGAAUCGAAUCGAAUUAGUUCAAACAGAUGUAUUCAUCAUAAUCAAAUAGUAUCAAAUAUGUUUA